GGGUUGCAAGCCCCCAGAAGCCGGCGUGCAGCUGCAGUGUUGCUGGGGGUGGGGGGCGAUUGCAUGUCUUUACAUUGCAUUGCAUUGCAUUUUUUACAUUGCAUUUUGCAUAUUGCAUGCAGGGGAGGGGGUUGGCACGGCUGCAGCGGGCUCCCCCGGCUGGCAGCAUGCUGGCCGGUCGUUGAGCCGGGGCGCCGGGGGAGGUGGGGAGGGCUUCCCCCGGGAUUCCCCGGGCUGGGCUGGGGUUGGGGGGGGGGGAUUCCCCCGGGAUUCCCAGGACGGCGCUGGGACGCGCGGCGCUGCUGCUCUGUUACUUUGCGGCGCUGCUGCAGCUGCGGAGGAUGUGGAGCAACAAGUACCUGCGGAGCCCCCUGACCCGCGCCCUGCUGCUCAACAUGCGGAGCCGGCACCACGACGACGCCGACAAGCUGCAGUGGUACACCUGUGACACAGAAUCACUCCCACAACACCUGCAGCCGCUGUUCAUUCAGAGCCACCUGGAUGCGGAGACGCAGGCAUUCCUGAGGCAGUGUUCGGAGAAGUCCAGCUGGCUCGGUGUCCAGAUCUAUUACUCCUUUGUCACCUCGGUCUUUGGUCUGUUCAUGUCCAAAACCUCUAUCAACGGGCUGCUCGGGAGGGGCUCGAUGUUCGUUUUCUCUGAGGCGCAGUUACUGCGGCUGCUGAGGGUCGGGCCUGACUGGAGGACCAGCAGGCUGCUGGAUCUCGGAGCCGGGGACGGCGAGGUCACCAAGAUUAUCAGCUCCCACGUUGAAGAGGUCUACGUGACCGAGGUGUCUCCCACCAUGAAGUGGCAACUGAGGAAGAAGCGGUACAGGCUCCUGGAGAUCGACGAAUGGCAAACCACCGGCUUCCAGUACGACGUAAUCAGCUGCUUGAACCUGCUGGACCGGUGUGAUCGACCCCUGACCCUGCUGCGGGACAUCAGGAGCGCAUUGGAACCGCGCAAAGGCCGACUGCUCCUGGCCGUGGUCUUGCCCUUCCAGCCCUAUGUGGAGAACGGCGGGAAAUGGGAGCGCCCCUCGGAGCAGCUGGACGUGUCUGGAGACACGUGGGAGCAGCAGGUGACCAGCUUCAGCCGGGAUGUCUUCGCCCGGGCGGGCUUCGCCGUCGAGUCAUUCAGCCGCCUGCCCUACCUGUGUGAGGGGGACCUGUACAACGAGCACUACGUGCUGGACGAUGCAGUGUUUGUGCUGACCCCUGUGUAGGGUGGUCCCUGCGCAGAGCGCACACCGGCGGACCCCCCCCACCCCCCCCCCAGAAACCCCGGUGUACGUAAACCCACCCCGUGGUGGGGCAGCCUUUUACAUGGCUGAGAUCGCACCUCAAGGAUUUCUUCUGAUUGGAGCUCCCCCCACCCCCCCGCCUGCUCCUCCCCCCUUUGCCUGUGGGGCUGGGCUCUCCCUGCCUCCCUGCUCUCUCUCUGUUGCCCCCACCCCCAACCCUGGGUCUUCAGGUGGCCGGGGCGGAGCAGGCGAUCGUCCUGGAGUCUCCGAGAACCGCGUGCGCCAGCGUACGUCUCUGCAAACCCACGCAGAGAAACAAGGACGCCUGGCCGCUGGGGAGGUCAGCGGGUCGGGCAGCGUCUGUGGGGGCAGAGGGGACGGUCGACGUUCCACCUCCGGACCCUGCUUCAGAGCUGAGGGUGCAGGCGAGAGAUGUUUGGUGUGAAGAGGUGGGGGAUGAUGGGAUGAUGGGGCAGAUGUAGCCAGGUGAGGGCCCCCCUCUUCCCCCCCCCCUCCCUCCCUCCCUCCCUCCGUCCCCCCUCUCUCCCCCGGUUCCACCCACCAGUCCUCGCCUCAGCCCCCCCCCCCCUCACCUGUUCAGACUGACCAUCUCCCCUCUACACCCUCAGUCCUGACCCGAAAUGUUAACCAUCCCUCCUCCCCGACAGCCGCUGCCUGACCCGCUGAAUUCUUGCUCCAGAUUCCGGCAUCUGCAGUCCUCUGUGCGUGUAACCCUGCAGUUGUGUGGAUCCGUGUGUCUGCAUGUGCAACUGUGUGCACUCGCUGGCGUAUGUGCGGGAGAGUGGGUGUUAUCGUCGUUCCCCCCCCCCCCCCCCCCGUUGUGUUUCGGCGGGAGUUGGGACAGGGGUCCGGGGCAACUUAUGGGACGGACAAUUCUCGCUCCGGUUCCGUAGCUGGGAGGAGCUGGGGUUCCAAUGAACGAAGGGUGGGUGGGAUUGUAACCCCAUGCCUCAGCACAGACACAGACCUCCGCCUUAAUCCGACGAACGGCAGUGGUUCAUCAGCCCGUCUCGUGCUGUUCCAAAGUUCUGGAGCAGCCGUUUUAGGGAGUUUUUACAACCUCUUUCAGUCGUAAAAAAAACGUGUUUCUUGUUGGCCUUACAUAGGGUGAAGAACUCUGAAUGUCAUCAUUGAAACCACCUCAAUGCAAACUGCACAAUUUAACACAAGAAGCAACAUUAAAUGUUUAAUACUUUACAUUCCUGACAUGAAAUGUUUUAAUUUUAUAGGAAUUCAUUUUAAACUGGAGAGGGAUUAAGUGAUGCUGAGGGGUGAUACAGGGCUCACACUUACUGAACCUAAACUAAUAAACUUUCCUUACA